CGUUUUUUCCUGCAAUGGCUGCCGGCGGCAAAGUUUACCAGAAAAAUUCAAAAAUCUAGAUUGUUGAACAUUCACUACAUGGGUCCCACCUUCGCCCGGUUCAUUCUUUGGUGCCCUGUCUCCUUAACCUUUAUCGAAACUCAGUCACUGUCCGUGAGAGAGGCUGCUGCUUCUGUUUCAGCUCCACAACGAUGAAGAAGUGCCAAAUGUUUCUUACAAUUAUUCUACUUUUCCGAGUCGUUUUAGCCGUUGAUUUGGUGUUCAACGGCUUCAAUUCCUCUGAUUUGUCCUUCUUCGGCAACGCUACCAUUGAAUCUCGAAUUCUCACGCUCACUAACGAAACAAGUUUCUCAAUCGGUCGUGCUCUCUACCCAUUAAAAAUACCCGCAAAGGCUCCGAAUUCUUCAUAUGUUUAUCCAUUUUCGACUUCAUUUAUCCUCUCCAUGGCUCCUUGCAAGGGCGUUCAGCCAGGGCAUGGACUGGUUUUCAUUUUUGUACCCUUUAAAGGUAUUCAAGGAGCGAGCUCUGCUCGGCAUCUGGGUUUGUUCAACUUCACCACCAAUGGAAAGUCAAAUAACCACGUCUUCGGUGUUGAAUUUGACGCUUUUCACAACCAAGAAUUUGAGGAUAUCAAUGACAAUCAUGUCGGCAUCGACUUGAAUUCACUCACAUCUGAAGACUCGUACGAGGCUGGUUUUUGGGUUGAGAAUCGAGAGAAUAGCAGCCGGAACUCGUUUGAGAAAUUGAAGCUGAAUGAUGGAAGGAAUUAUCAAGUUUGGAUUGAUUAUGCAGAUUCUUUAAUCAAUGUGACCAUGGCAUUAGCAGGCAUGGAAAGACCCAAAACCGCUCUCUUGAAUGUUUCUCUUAAUCUUUCAGCCGUAUUUGAGGAGGAGAUGUAUGUUGGUUUUACGGGAGCUACAGGUCGAUUAGUUCAAAGUCACAGAAUUCUGGCUUGGAGCUUUAGCAAUACAAAAUUUUCACUCAGUGAAAGGCUAAUAACUACUGGGUUACCUUCAUUUGUUCUUCCAAAGGAUUCUGUUUUUAAAUCAAAAGGGUACAUUGCAGGAAUUACAGCGGGGGGUUUCUUUGUUCUUGUUUUGUGUGCUUUGCUUUCUCUGUAUUUGGUAAAGAGGAAGCAAAGGAAAGCAAGGCAGAGAGAGGAAAUGGAGGAUUGGGAAUUGGAGUACUGGCCGCAUCGAAUUACAUAUCAAGAGGUUGAUUCAGCAACAAAAGGAUUCACAGAAGAUAAUGUGAUUGGAAUUGGAGGGAAUGGGAAGGUCUAUAAGGGUGUAUUACCAGGAGGAGCAGAGAUAGCCGUGAAGCGCAUCUCACAUGACAAUAAUGAUGGAAUGAGAGAGUUCUUGGCAGAAAUAUCCAGCCUUGGAAGGCUAAAGCACAGAAAUUUAGUGGGGCUGAGAGGUUGGUGCAAGGGAGAGAAGGGAAGCUUCAUGUUAAUCUAUGAUUACAUGGAAAAUGGAAGCUUGGACAAAAGGGUAUUUGAGUGUGAUGCGAACAAGAUGUUGAGCUACACAGACAGAAUAAGGAUUCUGAAAGAUGUUGCUGCAGGUGUAUUGUACUUACAUGAGGGAUGGGAAGCUAAAGUACUCCAUAGAGACAUUAAGGCCAGCAAUAUAUUACUUGACAAGGAUAUGAAUGGAAGGCUAGGCGAUUUUGGGCUUGCUCGGAUGCACGAGCAUGGUCAAGUUGCUACCACGACAAGGGUCGUUGGGACUGUAGGGUAUUUGGCCCCUGAGAUAAUUAGGAGUGGGCGAGCAUCGGCUCAGACUGAUGUGUUUGGCAUUGGUAUAUUGAUUUUAGAGGUCAUAUGUGGGAGGAGGCCUUUAGAGGAAGGAAAGCCAGCAUUAGUGGAUUGGGUGUGGCAAUUGAUGAUGCAAGGCCAAUUACUUGAAGCUAUCGAUACGCGAUUGAGGGCAAACGGAGGGUUUGAUGAGGAAGAAGUGGAGAGGGUGCUUCAUUUGGGAUUGUUGUGUGCAUAUCCUGAACCAAGUUCAAGGCCAACAAUGAGGCAAGUGGUGAUGAUGGUUUUAGAGGGAAACAGUGAGGCUAAUGAGUCAGAAACUGAAGAUAUGGAUGCACAUUUGCUGCAAAUGAUGAAGUCCAAGAGUACGUAUUCAGAAAAUUUUGGCCAUGGAUUGCACCCUACAUUUGAAGAUAUUAAGCAAUCCCUUUCUUCUUCAAUGUCACUCUCUUGGAGUGAUACCAUUGUGGAUGGUAGGUGAUUCUGCAUCCUAUUGGUUCUAGCAAUGUUGAUGCAUUUAGUCAUAUUUGUUAAUUCAUAUAGUUGUUGGUUUAGGUUACUGUAGUAAAGAAGUUCCUCCUUUUUUUUAAUGUUGAAAUGCCUUUGUACAGAAAACUGCAUUACACAGGAUAUGAUACAUAUUGUGGUUUAAAACAUAUUGUAAGUUUGAGAUG